AUGGAUAUAAAACUUAGAAAUAAGAAAGGCCUUACAAAGGCAAAACAGACACAGAACAAGUACCUUCAAAGAAAACAACAAGAUUCAAAAGAGUACAAGAAACAACAGUUGUUACAAGAGAGGUCAUUGGCCAAUGGUACAGAAGAGUUACAAACAAAGAAGGAUAAUAAGAAGAAGGUGUCAAGUGAUGUCGCUGUACCUGGUCUAAAGAUCAAGGCCGACCUAAAGGACGUCUCGGCCAAGUGGGCAAUGACUUCAUCAUUCUUUGACAAGGCAAUUGGUGACGAUGUCAACAACGAUAUGUUUGAGAACAAUCUGGACAUUAAUGAUAACUUUGACACAAAGAUAUUUGGUGAUCAAGAUGACGAUGAUGAAGAUGACGAGAUCAUGCAGGGCGACGACGACGAGUUGGGACUGGACCUCGAGUACAACGAUGAUGCUAUGGACAGCGACGACGAUAAUGACAAUGAUCUUGAUGGUGAAAAUGACUAUGAGGGCAUUGAUAUGUCCGAUAACGAUGACAUCCAAGAAGAUGGCAACAACGACGAACAAGUCGCACCAAAGUCAAAGAAAUCCGCUGCGAAAAAGGAUGCAUCCUCUGAGGAUGCCUCAUCAUUCCCCUCAAUCAAGGAUGGAUCUGUGGACUUUGGCGGUGCCGAGGAGGAGGACGAAGAGGGUGGCAAGAAGAAGAAGAAGAAGGUAUCUGGUGGAGGCUUCCAGGGAAUGGAUCUGCACAAGUCACUUUUCAAGGCAAUCGUGCGCAAGGGAUUCAAGGUACCAACGCCCAUCCAGAGAAAGACCAUCCCAUUGAUUAUGGCUGGCAGUGAUGUGGUGGCCAUGGCCAGAACAGGUUCUGGAAAGACCGCUGCAUUCGUCAUCCCAAUGAUCCAACGUCUGGCCGAGCAUUCAAUGAAGGUUGGCUGCAGGGCCAUCGUACUCUCUCCCACCAGAGAGCUUGCCAUCCAGACCUACAAAGUCAUCAAGGACUUCACCUAUGGCAGCACCCUUAGAUCAUGUCUAAUUGUUGGAGGUGAUAGUAUGGAUGAUCAGUUCUCAGAGUUGGCCAGGAAUCCAGAUAUUAUCGUUGCCACACCAGGUCGUCUGAUUCAUCACUUGCAAGAGGUCGGAAUGAGUCUGUUCUCUGUGGAGUAUAUUGUGUUUGAUGAGGCUGAUAGACUGUUUGAAAUGGGUUUCCAACAACAACUCCAGGAUAUCGUCUCAAAGCUUGGUGACAACCGUCAAUCACUCUUGUUCAGUGCUACCCUACCAUCCAUGUUGGUGGACUUUGUCCGUGCUGGUCUUUCCAAUCCAAUCCUUGUUCGUCUAGACAGUGACACCAAGAUAAGUGAGAACCUUGCAUUGUCAUUCUUUACAGUUAGACAUGAUGAGAAGUUUGCUGCACUGUUAUACUUGUUGAAGGAGGUGAUUGGCGAGCAACAACCUACUAUAGUGUUCGUCUCUACAAAGUAUCAUGUGGAGUAUCUUAGUAUUCUCCUUAAACUGGCCAAUAUAGACAACACAAUCAUUCACGGUCAUUUGGAUCCAGUGGCUCGUAAGAUCAACCUGGCCAAGUUCAGAUCCAAUGUGAUCAGUGUCAUGAUCGUCACUGAUAUUGCCGCACGUGGUAUUGAUAUCCCGCUGCUGGACAAUGUCAUCAACUUUGAUUUCCCUCCCAAGGAGAAGAUCUUUGUCCACAGAGUUGGUAGAGUUGCCAGAGCUGGACGUCGUGGAACUGCCUACUCUCUCGUGUCCUCUGAUGAGGUACCAUACAUGCUGGAUCUGCAUCUCUACCUGGCCAGGAAGCUAAACAACAAGUUGGAGGCAGGACAGAGUCUGGAUGACCUCACAUGUUCAUUCUAUGGAAACAUUCCACAACAAUUGAUCGAUAUAGAGAAUGAGUUUGUCAAGAUCAAGAAGGUCGAGUGUGCCGAGCUUGCAUCAAUGAACAACACAAUCAACAAUGCACACAAGAAGUUUGUUAGGACUAGACCUGGAGCAUCACAUGAGUCCAACAAGAGAGCCAAGGUGUUGAGCAAACAGUUAUUGCAUCCAGCUAUGGUGGACAAGAUUGAUUCUUCAGAGGUGGAGAGGAACAACUUUGUAAACUCACUCAAGGCAUUCAGACCUGCUCAGACCGUGUUUGAACUCGAGAUGAAGAAGGCAAGAGACGCAACCAGUGCCCUGGUCAUGAAGGAGAAGAGAAGAGUGCACAGCCAUACAAUCGAUCGUAGAGCCAAACGAUUGGAGAUGGAGGAGGCUGCAAGGUUGGUUCAAGAGGACGACACUAUCGAUCAACAGGCACAGCUUCAACUGCAACAGGCCGAGUUGGCCAAGAAGAGAAAGAGGAGCGAGGAAGACAGUGAUGCAGAUGAGGACGAGGGCGCCGACGACCAAGACAACUACCUGGCGAGCAUAGACAGAGCCAACAAAAGUGGCAAGGAGAUUGCCAGCGAGUUGUUGGAGAGACAAAAGAAGUUGGCACUGCAGCAACAACAGAAUGGAUACAGUGUGACGAUUGACGACUCGUCAUCAGGAGACGUGGCUACCAACGCCAAGAAGAAGACCAGGACAUCGUCCAAGGACGAGAAGUUCUUCAUGUCCUCAACACCAUCCAACUUCUACGAGGAGCGCGCACUCAGUGUCACAUCCAACCUGUCCAAGGACGACGAGGUCAACCUCAACCCAGACGACGAUCGCCACAAGAAGAUCGGAGGCACGAUGAAGUGGGACAGAAAGAAGGGCAAGUUCGUCGGUGUCCAGAAGGACGAGUCACAAAAGAAGAAGAACUUGGUGAGGAACGAAGCCGGUGUGCUGAUCGACGUCAGCAAGUCCAACAAGAACGCAUACGAGGACUGGAAGAAGAAGACCAGAUCUAGAAUCCAGCGCACAGGCGAGGAGGAGAACCACAGACUGCAGCCCAACCAGAAGGAUUACGUGCCAAUGCAAUGGAGAGGAAAGAAGGGCUCCAAGGAGAAGGAGGAGCGCGAGUCCAGCGGUGGACUGGUUGGCAAGAAGGCCAAGCGUCCAGAGGUCAAGAGCAAGUUCGAUAUCCAGAGAGAGCGUAACGAGAAGGACAGAAAGAUGAAGGUCAACAAGUCCAAGGGUCCAGGUGCCAGCGCCGGUGGCGGUGGCGGAGGCAGAGGUGGCGGACGUGGUGGCAGAGGUGGUGGUCGCGGAGGCGGCGGCGGCGGUCGUGGUGGUGGUGGUCGUGGAGGAGGUGGUGGCCGUGGAGGUGGCGGUGGCCGUGGAGGAAGUGGAAGGAGAGGAAAGUAA